AUGACGGAUGUAGUUUCUAUGGAGGCGGAGGUGAAGGAGUUUAUGCUACAGCUCGAAACGGUACAGUCCAGUCUGCUGGUAGACCCUGAUAACACAGAGCUGCAGAGUCUAAAAACCGAGCUGGAAGAACUGAUAGCCCUCACCAAACAAUCCAUCGACGAGUUGCGACCCCCCAUCCAACCCCAGCCUGUCUCGGAGCCGGUCAAGGAGAAGUGGUCCAAGGAGAACCACCCCGCCUACCAGGCAGGAUACCGCAAACCAGCACCGUCGACGUCGACCGCCGCUGCAGACGCCACCCCAUCAGAGGAAGAGCAGACACAGACGACAACCUUCUGCGUCAACGACAACGUCCUCGCCCGGUGGACCUCGGGCGAUGGCGCCUUCUAUCCUGCCCGCAUCACCUCUCUGACCGGCUCGGCCACAAAUCCCAUCUACAUCGUCUCCUUCAAGUCCUACUCCACUACCGAGACCCUGUCGUCAAAGGAUAUCCGCCCUCUCUCUGCUAGUGACUCGAGAAAGCGAAAGGCUGAUAAUACACCCUUAUCAUCAGGCACUGCGGCUCCCAACAGCAUCAACGGCACUAAUACCGGCAGCGGCAGCAGCGACGGCAACAGUCUAAAUAUAGGUUCCGAAUCCAGCGUCAUCUCAGCCGCUGCAGACAUCAACCCCGACCUUGCGAACCAGGCGAGAAACGUAGCCAACGCGGGUGAUGGCUCUGCGCGGCCAGCCAAAGCUCAACGUAAGGUUAAGCGCAAGAAAGACCUGGAGGCCGGCAAGAACAAGUGGCAGGACUUCACGAGCAAGAGUAAAUUCGGCAAGGUCAAGAAGGAUUCCAUGUUCAGGACUCCGGAGGGGGUGAAUGCAAGGGUUGGCUUCACUGGCUCCGGACAACAGAUGCGCAAGGAUCCAACUCGCAGUCGCCACACUUACAACCAGGAAGACGACGUCUACUAG